CUUAUACCCACACCCUGGAUGCAGGCAGGCGUGCACACACCGGCAGAAUCACUCAGCUUCCGUAUCGCUCUCCUUUCUCCAGCUCUGCGUCUGUGUCCCUCCCUGCUGGUGGAUUUUAGCCCACUGCUUUGUGGAACAUCGCCAAAAUGUCUGACAAGCCCGACAUGACUGAGAUCGCUCGUUUCGACAAGACGAAGCUGAAGAAGACGGAGACAAAAGAGAAAAACCCUCUGCCCACCAAAGAGACCAUUGAGCAAGAGAGGAAAGGCGAUGCCACACCUUGACUUGAGCACAUGAAGAAAAGAAGCUGAGAUGCCACAGCAAAAAAGCACUUUCUUUUGAUUAUCACAGUAUUUGAAUCGCUUUCAUUGUCUUCAGAAAAGGGUGCUCUUGAGCUCCCUAGGAUGCUAUAAGGGAAUAUGGCAUCCUCAUAAGGGGGCUCUAUAACCAAUAUGAAAACUUCAGCCUGGGUGCCUGUCUUGUGCUGUUAGCUUAUAGCUAACAUGUUUCCAAUGUUGCCAAACUGGGAAGUGUAGUGUAGUGAUGUAGCACAGAGAGAUAGGCAGGCAUCCAGGCUGCAGGGCUGGUGGGGAGUUGGUUAUGGACAUGGGGGCAAUUGAAGUCAAGUCAUGUGGGAUGUUUUCUUAAUAAACUUUUUACUUUUAUUUAUGAAAUAAAUAUGAAGACAUGGAACCAGUCA